CGCGAUGUCUCCUCUGUGCGCUCUGUACGGUGUGUUUGCAUUGUGUCAGAACUGCCGGUGAGCGUUAAAAUAUUUCGUUGCCUUCCAACGGCGGCAAUGUCGGGCAGGUCCGUACGAGCCGAGACCCGGAGCAGGGCGAAAGAUGACAUCAAGCGGGUUAUGGCCGCGAUUGAGAAAGUACGGAAAUGGGAGAAGAAAUGGGUGACAGUUGGAGACACGUCCCUGAGGAUCUUCAAGUGGGUUCCAGUGACUGAGCCCAAAACAGCAGAUGAAAAGAAGAAGGGGAAGGAUGAGAAGUAUGGGUCAGAAUUGACCACACCAGAGAACAGCUCUUCUCCUGGGAUGAUGGACAUGAAUGACGACAACAGUAACCAGAGUUCUAUCGCUGACUCCUCCCCCGUCAAACAGGAAACCAGCAGCAGCACUAGCCCAGCCCCCGAACCCACCACCGUAUCCCACGGCGACAACAGUGAGGCCAAGAGCGACCAGAGCCCUGACUGCAAGAGGGUGAAGAGCAACCCAUCAGAGAGAGGACAGAGGGACAAGAGAGACAGCAGCCAGACAUCCUCGGGAGAAAAGGACACCUCAGAUAGCCGCAAAGCCACUCAGGAUCCGGAGGAAGAGGCUCCUCGCAGUAAGAAGAACAAGCAGGAGUCUCCAUCUUAGGACUAUGAGGAGAAAUAGUCACACUGCAUCCUUUCGUCUCUCUAUCCUCUUCCUUCCCCACGUAGCCCCUAACACUCCUCUGAGCAGAGGGAGAAAGGACUUUACCUCCCUUCACUGAGCACCUCUUCUCUUCUUCCACACUCACUAAUGCCACGAGUUGCUCUAUGAUCCAGCCUGUUAUCCUCUCCAUGGCCAGGGGUGGCGCUGUGUGCUCAGCUCAGCCCAGAAGAGAAAAACACUGCGGCGUCUCAAAAUGGACAAACUGCUAUUGACGCUUUUUCUCAUUUUUUUAAGCAAAGGUCUUUUAAGGGAGUAUGCAAGCACACUCGUUCGGUUUGGCUAGCCGAGUUCGGCUAAGCGCCAGCCGAACUGAAACAUGCUGACGCCUUAAGGGCAUCUUCUAACCCAGGAGCCACGUCAAACCUCCCCCUAACUCACCUCUGGUUGAUACAGUGUUUGUUUAGGACAGUUUCCAGUUGUUACGUUUAGUUUUGGGGUUGUUUUUUUUAGCUCAGGAGGGUCAAUGCACUGCUAAGAUAUAAUGUCACACAAACACCACACCAUGGUUUUACUGCUGCUGUACUGGGUGUGGAUUUGUGUCCUUUUUACAAAAUGGCUUGUGAAAGUAUUCACCCCCUUGGCAUUUUUCCUAUUUUGUGGCCUUACA